AUGGAGCGCGAGCUGGAGGAACUGGCGGCGCGGCCCGCGCGCCCGGCACAGCCGCCCUUCCAGGCGCUGGUGGAGGCGGCGGGCGGCCGCGGGCAGGUGCUGCUGGUGGGCGAGCUGUGGGAGCGCGAGCAGAGCCGCGCGCUGCUGCGGGACUUCGCCCGGGCCGUGUUCCCUCCCGAGCAAGCCGCCGGCAAGGCGGGCGGCGCGGGGGCCGGGGCGCCGGGGGCGCAGAGGGCGCCCGGGACGGCGGGGGCGCGCGCCAUCCGCUCGCCGCUCGUCUUCGUGCUGUGCCGCGCGUCCUCGCUGACCGCCCGCGAGCCGCGGCGCCGCUUGCGGGAGAUGCUGCGGGAUGUGCGCGGCCGCCGGCGGGCCGGGGCGGCGCUGGUCGGGGUGCUGGUGGCCGACGCCGGGCCCGAGGACGCGGUGGCGCCGGGGUUGCGGCUCCUGGAGGCGCUGCUGCGCGCAGUGUUCGGCCGCCAGGCGGGGGGCCCGGUGCAGGCGGCCGCCUACUGCCCAGGCCACCCGGCCUCCAGCCUGGCCGUCCAGGCGGCCGCCUGCAGGGCGCUACAAGCCGCCGGGCCCGCGCGACCAGCAGCAGGACCCUGGGAGAGACCGGGCCUCCCGGCACUGCUGGCGUGCUUUUCCUGGGGUCCCUGGAGCCGGGGGAAGGAUCCAGAUGCCAUCUCCCCCGGUGACCCAGCUCAGGAUCACCUCCAGGACCCUGAGGAGAAGCUGGUACUGACAGCCAUAUGUCCCAACGGAGACUGUGAGGACCCCGGGAAGGGGCCGAGAGCCUGUGAUGGACUGGUCCAUACUCCUGCAGAUCCCGUUGGAGAUUCGAGAUGAAGGCUGGACGGCUGGGCUACCCGCGCUCUAACCUGCACGCUGGGGACUGGCUCCUUCUCACUGAGCCCCCUUGCCUCCAUGUUGACCUUGGAAUGGUGGUAGCUUCAAAGGCCCCACCUGUAAGGGGACUGCUGCGUUGAACCAGCUAGGAAAACUUAUUUUCCUGGAACCUGCCCCCCACCUCACAUUUGCUCCCUCUCUGAUCACAGUGAGGUUAUUUGGUCUUUCUGUACUGCAGUUUUCCUACUCAUUGGGACAGA